UACAUUGACAAUAACAAUAGUUUGGUUUCAUUUAAAGAUUCUUCAAUCUGGAUGGAAUUUUCUUUUCAAUUUAACAAGCAACAAAUAAUGUAUUCAUGUUUAGAAUAAAAAGCCAUAGUAUCAGUAAAACUGAGAGAUAAAAUGGCUUUGUACGAAGGCAUAGCGCUCAUCCAGGAGAAGCAAGCAGUGGUGCUCGAUCUUGGUUCUGAGUAUACCAAGUUCGGUUUCACGGGCGAGGCAGCGCCUCGCUGCAUCAUUCGCUCGCAAUUCUGGAGCCCGGAACUGCGCCGGUUCAAGAGAGUGUAUGACUAUGCUAAUGAAGAUGAGCUGUAUGAUAACCUGGUGCACAUGCUGCAUCUACUCUACUUCAGACAUGUGUUGGUGAACCCUAAAGAGAGGCGUGUUGUUGUGGCAGAGUCAUUGCUGACACCCACAGCAUUCCGAGAGACACUUGCCAAGGUGCUCUUCACACACUAUGAGGUGUCUGGAGUUGCUUGGGCCGACAGUCCCCGCCUGUGUGCAUUGACGCUGGGUGCGCCCAUCGUGCUCGUCGUCGAGAUUGGCGCGCGCGAAGCAGAGGUCUGCGCAGUGGUCCAUGGGUCGGUGGUGCUAAAAGCACUACAGGCAGCCCCAUUGGGUGCUUUAGCGGUGCGAGCCGAACUUGCACGCAUCCUCGACGAGGAUAAUAAAACAGAGUUGAACCUGGACCCUAAUGUGCUCGAAGAUAUUGCAGUGAAAACCUGCCUAGUCACGACUCGCGACCGAGCCGUGCAGUGGGCCUCCGACACCCCACCGACGCCAGCCAAGAGCGUGCGCUACCCGCUGCCGUCCGGCGGCACUAUUACCGUAUCCGGGCGCGCGCGCGAGCUGAGCGCCGAGCCGCUGUUCCUGCGCGACAACGAGUACAGCUCGCUGCCCGACCUGCUGCUGCAGUGCAUCAUGCAGUGCCCUAUAGAUGUGCGGCGCGCCUUGGCAGACAAUAUCCUGGUCUGCGGCGGUGGUGCAACGCUGCCCGGCCUGCGCGCGCGUCUGAAGGCUGAAUUGCAGCACGCGCUUACCGAGCCCGUUUACAGCGACCGCCUCCACCUAACAUCCCUAAAGUUCCACAACGCGCCCGCACACCCCAACUGCGUGUCGUGGCUGGGCGGGGCCGUGCUGCUGGCGGGCGCGGGGGCGGGCGCGGGCGCGGGCGCGGGCGAGGCGGCGCGCGCGGCGCCGCGCGAGGCCUUCCUGCGCGAGCGCCGCCUGCGCGACUGGGUGUGCCUGCUCGACAACACGCCGCCGCACCAUCCCGCCAGGGAACACCAUCAGAUCUAGCGCCGCCGUGCACAAAUUACCUGCAUUAACUAACUACACUCGCACUCGUUGUCGACGAAAUAAAAAUUAGCCUAUGAGCCGAUUGCGCCGACGAUUAUCGGAUCGAUCGACGUCGUUCAGCAGUGAAUUAUGGGUCUGAACGCUUUCUAGACUGUAUCUGAUUCAAAAUUAAUGCACUGUAACUUUAGAUCUAAGCUGAAUCAAUAGACCCACUUGCACCAACCACUUAACUGAAGGUUAGUGGGCUGUCAACUGUCAAAUUCCAUAUAAAAUGGUGGGUUAACCCACCAUUUUCGUUGGUGCAAGUGGCUCUUGGGUACCUAAUACUUAACUGUAUCACGUUUUAUUUAAGUAAUUUAUUUAUGAAAUAAAACUAUAUUGUUUAA